UGACGACACCCUCCCCUCUUUCUCUCUCCCUAGCUGCCAUUAUUUCACUCCGUCUUGCUCACAGAAGUCCUAUUUUUUCUAAUACCAGAAAGGACGUCUGCGAGUUGAGUUGGCAAGUGUCCUGCUCAUCUGAAGCCCUGUUUUUUUUGGGGAUCCGUUCUUCGGGUCAGUCCUCCCCCUGUGAAGAGUCCAGCUUGGUGGUGGUCGAAACGUAAAAGAUGUUCCUCCCGUUGGCAGUGGUGAUCUGUCUGUCAGCCAUCCAGCUGUGUUUGGGCGAGCAGCCUGUGGAGGAAGUCAUCACAACAAAAAAAGUGCCUCUCCUGGGUGGCUGGUUUGAGAAAAGUCCAGAGUCAGCUGAGGUUCAGGAGGCGAUUCAAUAUGCUGUGAAGAUGCACAACACUCACUCCAAGAGCAAGAGGAUGUUCAAGCUCGUCUCCAUCACCGGCGCUCAGGCACAGGUGACCAACAUGAUCAACUUUAAAAUUGAUGCAGUCCUGGGAAAAACCAAGUGUCUUAAGGGAGAAAACCAUGACCUGAACAGCUGCAGUCUUGUGAAAAAGCAUCUGAAGUGCCACUUUGUGGUGACGUUCAACCCCCGCAGCAACAAACAUGAGCUGCAGAAAUCCAAGUGCAUGAAAAUUGUGGAGAAGGUUUAACUUUUGAAUUGGCUUAACUUUUUUUGUAGUUUGGCUCUAUAGCUUUGAUUACCUUAUUGCAUUUUGAUGGGUUCAAAAUAUUUUGCAGCUGGUUUUCAGUGCUGAAUGUGUGGUUGUCUCCAUGGACAACUUGUAACAAUAACACA